AAACAAUGCUAAUCCUCGUUCUACCCACUCACACUUCUUUUUCCUUUUUUUUCUUUUUUACCGCCCGCUGACUCUUUCUGCUUGCUAGCCUGGGGUGACGGCGGGAUAUUUAGACAUCCACAUUCCCAUCGGCGGCUUGUCCUCACUUUGUUCGUCGUUCCUGUCUCACCUCUUUUCUUCUCGUGUCUCGCAGCAUCGCCUUUUUAUUCUCCGGGCCAAUCAGUGCCCAUACGUCCCUCCUUUCUUCAGUCUUUUUUUGUCUCUCCUUAAGGAAAAGUCGCUUUCAUUGUCCCGCUGACCAGUGACUGACACCGUUACCACGGCUGCGUCUGAACCGGUUCACUGUCCUUAAAACACCAUUUGCAUUCUUGCGUGAGACUGGCUUCUCUGCAUUCCCUUUUUCUUUCUUCUCUUCCCCGCUGUCGUCAUCGCUUGGUCGAUUAUCAAUUCAGCUGUCUUUCUAUUUUUAUAAACGCUUUUGCAUUCCCCUUCCUGGUCCAAGGGUCUCUUUCUUAUCCCAAACCGCUCCGUGGCUAUUGCUACCUGAUCCCGCUGAAGCGUCACAUCUGCUACUCACCACCUCUUCACCUGAUACCACUAUCAGUUUGACAGGUUUGCUGUGCACUGCAGCUUCAGACAAAGAAACCAGAUUUACGCUUUCGAGCCGUCUUUGGAUAUUUUAACCCCCAGCAUCUGCUGUUGCUUCCGAUUCUUAGGGUGUCAAGACCCUCACUUACACGCUUCUUCUUCUUCUUGCUUUGCUAGCAACACCACGAACAACAACCAUGCACUUCUCUACUCUCUUCCUAUCUACAGGUGCCUUGCUGGCCCGAGCCGCAUCUGCCGGCUACGUCCUCACCGACGAUUACGAGCCCAACAACUUCCUCGACAAGUUCAACUUCUUCACCGGAGCUGAUCCCACACACGGCUUUGUCGAGUACCUCUCGCGCGCCGAUGCUUCGGCUGCCGGCAUGGUUGGCCCCUCCGACUCCAAGGGUGUCUACAUGGGUGUAGACAGCAAGACCAUGUGGCCUGCCAAUGGCCGCAAGUCGGUCCGCAUCGAGUCUACCAAGACGUACAAUGGCGGCCUCUUCAUUGUCGACAUUGCCCACAUGCCCAGCAACACCUGCGGCACCUGGCCCGCCUUUUGGCUCUUUGGCCCCGACUGGCCUGCCUCGGGCGAGAUUGACAUUAUCGAGGGUGUCAACACACAGGCUCAAAACUCUGUCACUCUUCACACCUCCCAGGGCUGCACCAUGUCCAACGUCAACACCAUCAAGUCGACCUACUUUGUCGGUUCCAACUGCGGCGGCACCAACGGCUGCGGCCAGCACACUAUGGACAACCAAAACUACGGUGCAGGCUUCAAUGCUCUUGGCGGCGGUGUCUACGCCAUGGACUGGACCCCGGAGCGCAUUGCCGUCUGGUUCUUCCCUCGCUCCAAGAUUCCGGCCGACAUUGCCUCUGGAAACCCCAACCCCAGCAACUGGGGCCAGGCCGUCGCCAGCUUCACCGGCGCCACCUGCGACAUUGGCAGCUUCUUCAAGGAGCACCAGAUUGUCUUCAACACUGCCUUUUGCGGCGACUGGGCUGGCUCCAACUGGUCUCAGGACCCCGAGUGCUCUGCCCUCGCCCCUACCUGCCAGCAGUAUGUCGGCGGCAACCCUGGUGCUUUCAAGGACGCCUUUUGGGACAUUCACAGCCUCAAGGUCUACCAGCAGGGCAACGGUGCUCCGGCUCCGGCUCCGGCUCCGGCUCCCUCUGCUGCUGCUCCCGCUCCCAAGCCUGUUGCAUCUGCACCUGCUGCACCUGCUCCUGCUCCUCCUGCUCCCAAGCCUUCUGCUCCUGCUCCCCAGCCUACCACUCCGGCUUCGCAGCCCUCGUUCCCUGUUGACCACAACAACGGCCAGUCUUGGAACGGUCUCGGCUGGGCUGCCAACUAAGGCUAAGGUGACAGGCUUUUUGUCACUUACACCCACCCACACGAAUCACGACCUUUUUUCUGUCUUUGAGCAUUUAGCGGCUUGACGAUGAUGAUUUUCUUUUCUUUUCUUCAGUCACAAAUCUUUUUUCUCUUCUUUUCUUUUUACAUCCCCUUUUCUGGCUUGUAUCUACCUUUUUUCCAAACCGUUUUUUUGUGUUGCUGCUGGUUUGUCUCUUGAUUGGGCCAAAGCAAACGCACACUUUUCUGUAUCUAGACUGCCUGGUCACUGUUGAUGGGGUCCUUGCACAAAGUUAUGAACUUGAUGGGAAGAAGAUGGAGUUGUUCCCUGAAUAGAACUUUUGAUGAACUUUAUGCAUGUGUUCCAUUUGACGCUUUUGUGAUUUUCGUGACGACUACGACAACCACUGACUUGAGGCAAUAGGUAAGCCAACUUGCCCCUUUUCUCUUUUUCUUCCUUGUAAGUAUCAAUCCAUUUGGCAAUAAGAAGGAUUUAUCUUCUUCUCUUUUAUUUGUGGUGAGUAUAUGAUGGAUGGCGGGUUGUAAGUUGGGUGUAAGUGGUGUAGGUAUUCCCGUGUUAGGUUAGCAGUUAUAGCUAGAGGUUUUAGGUACAUAUAGAUUCACCCCAAGUAGUCUUAUCUUUUUACUUUACUCUUUCAAAUUCAAUACAAGAUAAUAUCAACAAUUCUCC